UGGGCUAAGCAUGCAGGAACCGGAAGUCAGUGGGGGAGGACUGGAUUGUGGGAACCUACUGACUGAACUUGGAAGAUGAAUGUUCCUAGUGUCCUUUUGGCAGGAGGGAGGUGGAGAUAUUUUCAAGUUCCAUUAGGGUCAUUCCAGGCCCUACAUAAUUCCUGCUAUCGGAAAAAAUCCACUGCACCUAAGGAAAUUAUUCCCAAUGUUGCUUUUGGUGAUGAAAAUACAAAGGAGUCUGGAAAUGCACUUGACAAGCUCUUCUCUUCAGAACAGCAGGCUACCAUCCUGCAUGUGUUGAAUACAGCAUCUAAUAAAGAACUUGACGCUUUCAGAUUGCUUCGCGGAAGACAGUCCAUCAGUAUUAUAGAGCACAGAGAAAAGUUUGGGCCAUUUCAGAAUUUGGAGAGUUUAAUAAAUGUGCCCUUGUUCCAGUAUAAAUCUGCUAUUCAAGUUUGUAACGCCAUUCUUUGUCCAGAGACUGAAGGGAAAAAAAAGUUACAGGACAACCGGGUCCUGAGAAAGCUCAUCAAACCAGAAAUAGAAAGAGAGAGACUUAAGGCACUUAAUAGUAUUGUAUCCAUUGUUUUUGGUACUCGAAGAGUUGCCUGGGCUCACGUUGAUCAUAAACUGGCAGUGCUGGACUGGCAGCAAAAUGAAUGUUGUCAAUUGAUGAAAGGAACAUACACAUCAUCUGUCUAUUUAAAAGAGAUUUCUUCAGUCAUUUCAAAGAUACCUAAAGCCGACUUCUAUGUUCUGGAAAAAAUAGGACUUUCAGUUCAGAACUCAUCUCUGUUUCCUGUAGUGUUACAUUUUCAUAUCAUGGAAGCCAUGUUCUAUGCCUUACUAAAUAAAACUUUUGCCCAGGAUGGCCAGCAUCAUGUGCUGAGCAUGAAAAGAAAUGCAGUGGGGAGGCACUUUGAACUGAUGAUUAGUGACACACGAACUAGUGGGAAAGAAAUAGUGAAGCGGCUCCUUGCAGAGUCUGUAUUGAAGGAAGAGCCCCGGAUAUUCUUCCCAUCAGAUAAGAUAGUCCGCUACAGACAAACGUUUGCGUCUACUGAAAAAUACAGAGCAGAAGAGUUAUAUGAUUCAUUAUUACAAGCUAUUGCCUUCUAUGAAUUAGUUUUUGACAGUGAACCUUAAAAUUUUGAGGUUAAUAUAUGUUCUAAUGUUACAUUAAUUUAUUUGCUCAAGUUGUAAAACCAUCUGCUUUGAACAUGUUAAUGGAGAAAACAUGUUUAAAUGUAGUUAGAUGUUUACCAUGUAUACUAAAUAAAUACCAUAUAUACUAAAGGAUUUAUAUUACUAUAUUGUUAAAAUAGAGAAAAAUAAUUUUUCUUGGUGGUGCUCAUUGUAGCAAUAAAGCUAAAUAUAAUAGAUAACACAACUUGUAGAAUCCUCUUCUUUUUCUGUUAAGUAGAAUGUGGUUUUAAGCACUGCCUUCAAAAGGCAGUUUCCAUCAUCUCAAUUUAUCAAGCCCAGAAUAAACAAGCUUUGUCUAAUAGGCUCAUUUUUUUUUGUUGAAAUAUUUUACUUGGUAGCCAUCUUUUGAGAAAAGUAGCACUUAGUUUUCCCCCCACAUCUCCCCAUUUUCCAUUAUAUUUGCCUUAAUUCAGGCCCUCAUUUUAUCUCACCUAUACUGAACCUAAGUCUCUGAUAUCAAAGCAUUAAGUCCUUUCUAUAAAAGUGAAAUAUACUUCUUGGGAAAAAAAUUCAAAUAAUCAGAAAUACAUAAAAUAAGUGGAGGCCCUCCCUUCCAGCACCUCC